CGGUAAUUUCGAGGCUUAACCAGACACAGGGGCGUCCCGCGUCGAUGAAGCCGAACUAGCGAGCUGCGAACCCGCGGCAUUCAACGCUAACUAAAACUACCAUUGAACACCUCCCUCGGUGCUCGAAUCGCUUAGAACAGGUGGAUCGCAUAAUCCGCAGAACAAUACCGUAGUUGCAGUAACUAACCGGCAGUGCCUUGCGUCGAUCAUCGAACCAACGGAAACAAGGCGAAACAAACCGAGGACCAAAGGAACGCAAUAACAACGGCACGCGAAGUACUUCGUAGAAGGGACGAAGGCGAAAAAAGAGGAUUUUCGGGGCAGUGGGCUUAGAGCUACGUCAAUACGAGCGCAACGUCCGAGACUCCGGGCGGCUUGUCGAGGUGCAGCAAGUGCCUGGACGAUAUGAGGCUGAUGCAGAGAGUGGCGGUGAGCGGGCUGCUGUCCGUGAUACUGAUCGUCCUUCUGACGGGUACGUUCGUGACCCGGCGCAGCCUGGCGAACGUGGUCGACCGCGGCGUGGCGCCGGAAGAGCGUAACGAGCCGCUGAACCCGGCCUGGGUGCAGAACAACGCGAUCCCUGGCCAGGACGAGCCGAAGAACGGCAACGAUGAUCAGCAACAACAGCAGCAGCAGCAGCAACAGCAACGGCGCGUGGAGUUCGCGAACAGGCAGUCCGAGCCGUCCGCGGUUGGACCCCCGCCGGUCCCCGUGCCCGGCCCGUAUGUCAUUAAACCGCCUAAUCCGCCCCUGGAUGACGUGACUAAUCAGCGCCGCGAGAAGAUCAAAGAGAUGAUGAAGCACGGCUGGGACAACUACGUCAGAUACGCCUGGGGGAAGAACGAGUUGAAACCGAUCUCGAAGAAAGGUCACAGCGCGAGCAUCUUCGGCGCGUCGAACAUGGGUGCGACGAUCGUCGACGGUUUGGACACUUUGUACAUCAUGGGGCUGCACGACGAGUUCAAGCAGGGCCGUGAUUGGAUCGCAGAAAACCUCAAUUUCGAUAUCAACUCUGAGAUAUCUCUUUUCGAGACAAACAUUCGUUUCAUGGGAAGUCUGCUGGCCUGUUACGCCCUCACCGGGGACGUGAUGUUCCGGGAUAAGGCGGCUCAGCUUGGCGAACGGAUGUUGCCUGCUUUCCAGACGGAAACCGGAAUUCCUCAUUCCCUCAUCAAUCUCCAUACCGGGGCGAGCAAGAAUUACGGCUGGGCGAGCAGCGGGUGCAGCAUACUGUCCGAAAUUGGCACGAUGCACUUGGAGUUCACGUAUCUCAGCGACAUCACCGGCAAUCCCGUUUUCAAGAGUAAAGUCGAGACUGUCAGGAAGGUGUUGAAGAACCUGGAGAAACCGAGAGGACUCUAUCCGAAUUACAUUCACCCGAGAACCGGGAAGUGGGGACAACAUCACAUGUCGCUGGGAGGGCUCGGCGACAGCUUCUACGAGUACCUGCUGAAAGCGUGGAUCCAGUCCGGCAAGGAGGACGUCGAGGCCCGUCAAAUGUACGACGAGGCGAUCGCCGCGAUAGAUCAACACAUGAUCAAGACAUCGCCGGGGAAGCUGCUCUACGUGUCCGAUUUAAAGUACGACAGGCCUGAUCAUAAAAUGGGCCAUCUGGCGUGUUUCGCUGGCGGCAUGUUCGCAUUGGGCGCCAAAACUCUGGAAAACGAAUUGUCCGAGAGAUACAUGAUGGUUGCCGGUGGUCUAACCAAUACGUGCCACGAAUCUUACGAUCGAAGCUUGACGAAGCUCGGCCCAGAAGCUUUCCACUUCAUCGAGGGCAACGAAGCGAGAAGUUUAAAGAACGGCGAGAAAUAUUACAUCCUUCGACCGGAAACCUUCGAAUCGUAUUUCGUGAUGUGGCGGCUGACAAAGGACCCGAAAUACCGUGAGUGGGGAUGGGAAGCGGUCCAGGCGUUGGAGAAGUACUGUCGUGUUCCGGGAGGUUUCACCGGACUUCAGAAUGUUUACACGGUUGAUCCGCCGCAGGACGACGUUCAACAAAGCUACUUCUUCGCCGAGACGCUGAAGUACCUCUACCUGCUGUUCAGCGACGACGAUCUCAUAAACCUGGACGACUGGGUGUUUAACUCCGAGGCGCACGUGCUCCCCAUCAGGGGCAACCCCCUGUACCGGCCAGCCCCGUCCUUAUAAUUCGAAAGGGCGCCUCACCGUUCGACCGAGCGACGCACCGCCGCGAGGCCGUCGUAACGGCGAGAUGGUCCCUCCGUCAAUGCGGUCGAAGACGAUUCAGCUCGGGAACGGAAACAGAUGAUAACCAAAAAAUAGAG